GUUGUUUUGGUGUCCGCUAAUGUUGUAGUCAUUUGUUACAAGGCGAAGGAAAACUUUUACAGUGGCAGUUUCGGCGGCGGGAUCAAGACCACACAUUAGGAUUAUAUUCACUAUGUGUCGUCCGAGCUGAUAGAAUGAACAGUGCUGGGAGUGAAAAACAGACAUUUUGUUAAUUUGUAGGUAUUUUAUAGGUAGCUAGCGGUUAGCUAGCCUGUUCUGGCUAACUGAGAGCUUUUCACUCUGUCAACAAGUUUUGUUCAGCAUGGACUGCGCGGCGCUGGAGCUCGAUGCUGUCAAAUUUGCCAAAACAGCUGUAACCUAUGACCAGAAUGGCAAAUAUAACGAGGCUGUAUUUUAUUAUAAGGAGGCGGCCCAGGCCCUGAUAUAUGCUGGCAUGGCGGGGUCCAAACUGGAGGGAAUCCAGGAGAAAGUGAAUGAAUACUUGGAUCGGGUUCAGGCCCUCCACAAUGCAGUUCAAGCACAGAAAAGUGACCCACUGAAGUCCCGGCAGCAGGUGGACCUGGAGCGUGCCCACUUCCUGGUUACCCAGGCUUUUGAGGAAGAUGAAAAGGGAAAUGAUGAUGAAGCUAUUGAACUGUACACUCAGGCUGUGGAGCUGUGCAUUAAGACGUCCAAUGAGACAUCAGAGCAGGUGCUGCAGAACAAACUGAAACAGCUGGCACGGCAAGCUUUAGACAGGGCGGAAGGUCUUAAAGAAUCCCGGUCCAAAUCAACUUCAGCUCAGACUCAGGACAGGACGGGGGCUCCUGGAACCAAGCCCAGUUCUGGAGCAUCUGUCCGCCAGUUUUUCCCCCUCGGGCCAGACUUCACCCUCAAUGAUCGAUCACAACCCCAACCUGUCCGGGCUGUGCAGUCCAGUGAGCCCCAAGGUCAGCGCUACACAUCUGAGGAGAUCGAGGUGCUCAGGAGUACAUCUACAAUCAAUGGCAUAGCCUACGUGCCCUUCAUGAGUGUGGACCUGAAGGAGCGAUUUGCCUUUCCUGUACCUUUCUCGGACAAAUCAGGGAAACUGGCUUUGUCACCCAAACAGAAAGCCAUCUUCUCCCGCUGGGUUCGGCCAGACGAGAUCUGCAAUAAUCCCACCAUGAUCAUGUCUGUGUCCAGCUUCAGCAUCAAACAGACGGUGGUAUCUGACUGUUCAUUUGUGGCCUCUUUAGCCAUCAGCGCAGCCUAUGAGAGACGCUACAACAAAAAACUCAUCACCAGCAUAAUCUACCCUCAGAACAGACGAGGAGAGCCAGAGUAUAACCCCUGUGGAAAGUACAUGGUCAAACUUCAUAUCAACGGAGUUCCCAGGAAGGUGAUUAUAGAUGACUUCCUGCCGGUGGAUCGUAAUGGAGAGCUGCUCUGCUCCUACUCCAGCAACAGGAACGAGCUCUGGGUGUCCCUGAUAGAGAAGGCCUACAUGAAGGUGAUGGGUGGCUACGACUUCCCCGGUUCCAACUCGAAUAUUGAUCUGCAUGCUCUCACUGGCUGGAUCCCUGAACGCAUCGCUAUGCACUCUGACAAUCAGUCAUUCAACAAGGACGACACCUUCCGCAUGCUCUUCCAGAGGUUUCACAGGGGUGACGUUCUCAUCACCACAGCAACGGGUGUGAUGACAGAGGAAGAAGGGGAGCGAUGGGGUUUAGUGCCAACACACGCCUACGCUGUUCUUGACAUCAGGGAAUACAAGAAAAUGCGUUUCCUGCAGCUGAAGAACCCAUGGAGUCAUCUGCGGUGGAAGGGGCGCUACAGUGAGCGCGACGAGAAGAACUGGACACCUGAGCUCCUCAAAUACCUCAACUUUGACCCCAAGACGGCUCAGAAGUUUGAUAAUGGCGUGUUCUGGAUUGCAUGGGAGGACCUUUGUCAAUACUAUGACGUCAUCUACCUGAGCUGGAACCCUGCACUCUUUAGAAACUCCUCCUGUAUUCACAGUACCUGGGAUGGGAAGCAGGGUCCAGUGAAGGACGUCUACAGUCUGGCUAACAAUCCCCAGUACAGGCUGGAGGUCCAGUGUCCAGCUGGUGGCGCUGCUGUGUGGGUGCUUCUCACCAGGCACAUCACUGAUAAGGAUGAUUUUGCACAAAACAGAGAGUUCAUCACACUGGUCGUUUACAAGACCGAUGGCAAGAAGGUUUACUAUCCAGCGGACCCCCCUCCUUACAUAGAUGGCAUCCGAAUCAACAGUCCACAUUAUCUGACCAAAAUGAAGCUGACGAGCGCAGGAACACACACCUUUACCCUGGUGGUUUCCCAGUAUGAGAAACAGAACACCAUCAACUACACGCUGCGGGUGUACACUGGAUGCAAAUUCACCUUCUCCAAGAUCCCAAAUCCCUUCACUAACACAAAAAGGAUCAAUGGCCAGUGGAAGGGGCUCAGCGCCGGUGGUUGUGGAAACUACAAAGACUCGUACAAGCACAACCCAAUCUAUCAGAUUAACCUGGAACGGUCCGGACCGCUGCUCAUCGAGCUCCGAGGAUCCAGGCAGUACAGUGUUGGUUUUGAGAUGGUGACAGUGUCGACAGUGGGUGAUCCGGGCCCAGCUGCCUUCAACAAGAAAAGUAGUGGAGAUUACAGAUGUGGUUUCUGCUACAUGGAGGUGGAUCACGUCCCAUCAGGCCUCUAUAACGUCAUCCCCACCACGUUCCUGCCCAAACAGGAAGGACCCUUCUUCUUGGACUUCAGCAGCACUUCACCCCUCAAAGUCUCCCAGCUCCAAUGAAGAUGGAGCUGAGAUUGGGAGGAAGGUACUUGAUGGCAUUGUGGAAUAUAUUUCUGGAACUGCAUUUUGGAUGUGACGAAUUGCCAAGGCCUCCACAAACCCCCGAAUGUGACUGCUGCUAGCAUUUUCUUUUCUUCUCUUACUGAGACUUUUGCUGACUCAAGAAUACCACAAAACUGUUCUGAAGCUAUAAUCAAGAGGCACUUCAGUAUGAACUACAACCCAUAACCGUCAAAGCAUCUUGGGACAUGAUAAAACACACCUACGCCAAAUUAAAAAACAGCCAUCACAAGCCUGACAAAGUAAUGCUGUUUAAAGUGGUAACUCCUUUUGCCCUAAUAGGACACAUGGUUCCUCAAAUGGAAUAAUUGGCAUCAACAUUGUUGUUCUGAUGAUAGCCAGAUCUGAGGGGUUUCAUGGAACAGUAAUGAUUGUAAAGCCACAUCUGGGAUUCAGCAGGAUGUGGAGCAGUAACAGGGGUGAAAUGAGGUGCAGUAUUAGUGACACGGCUGCUUGAACACAGCAGCUUCUUCUUCUUCACAGGUUCUGUUUUUCUGCACCUCUGCAGUACAGAGUUACAGCCCCAUGAGUUUGAAUCACAUGUUUAAUUUUGAUAUAAUAUAAACCAUUACAAUAUUGAGGUACUUUUAGAUUGUAGCUGAAUACAUACAACCUCAAAUGUAACCAGAAGCAAACCGGCCAAUUUUAAGCUAUACACAAAAGUAAAUGAAACAAAUAGACGGAUUAAUAGAACUGGGGAAAAGAUAUUAAACCAGGGGAAAAAGACCCUCACAUAGAAGAGAAAAGUAGUCCAAGGAUUUCAUGUUUGAGGUGCUCAUUACUUCGAAGCUAAUGAAAUUAGAAGAAACUGCAUUACACUGGCAGCCGCAAAACAAAACAAAACAAGCUGUUUCUGAGGAGCAAUUAAAUCACGCUGAGUAUAUCAAAAACUCAUCUGUCCUGACAUUCACUCUCUUCUACUAAAUGAAUAAGCCGGUAAAAUGGUAACAGCUGUUUAAAAAAAAUUCUUUUAACAAGGUGUCACGUGGAAGGGGCAGUUAGUUUCUUUAAAUGACCAUGAAGGUUGUUUUUGUUUUGUUUUUUUAAUUCUCAGGAGCAGAGCAGCACCACAGGGAAUCCAGUAUGGCAGCAGUUGAAUGAUGUCUCUACAUGUUGUCUGUGGAUGUGAUGAGUGAGAAAUGUCAGCCUGAUUUCACUGACAGGCCUCACGUCGGUUUUGUGUUAUAGCUGCGUGUAUGUAUGAAUGUACUGUAGGUGUCUACCUUUUUACACUUAAAACUUAAAUGUCUUGCCAAGUACCCAAAAACAUGUUUACCUAUUUUUUUUUUUUUUUAUGUGCUGCACCUUUUUAAUGAUUUUUCAUCAUGUUUACUGCAAGCAGCAGCUCAUCUUAUGUCAUCAUGUUUCCUCAGUAGACAUUUUCUUUUGUGUGAUGUCAGAUAUCAGCAGCCCGUCAUGGACAGAUGUUGCUGCUAUAUCCAUCGCUGCUUAUCUCUGCCAAGCUUUGUAGUUGCAUCACAGAUCCCUGGGCAGCAAUAUCUGUUGCAAUCAUAGAGGUACUUCUGUAAGAGAUUGUAUUAGAUUUGGAUUUGGGCUAGAUACCCCAAAUUAUCAAUGCUGAAAUUAACAUAAGGAAGUACGUUGCAUCAUGCAGAAGCAAUGGCUAAUGUUACACUCAUUAACUGUACUGUAUGCUCAGAGACGUUUGUGUGAGAAAACAGUGAGUGAACUUACCAAAGGACCUUUGGUCUCAUAAGAAGACAGAUUCCGGUGCAACUUACAGAGUCAAAAUCUACAGGCCAUACUUUUUCUGAUGUUUUGAGAAUGGAAAUUUAUUCUUCACCUUACAAAGAUUGUGUGUAAAAUAAUAAGGUCUACUUACUAUAUUUUUUUCCUGAGCUUUUUACAUCAGAGUGGAACUAAAAGUGAAUGGAGUUCAGUCAGUUGUCACACAGCUAAUACUGGGUGUAUGAGAACUAUAGAUCCAUCUGUUAAAUAAUUUUUUUUUAAGUCAAACUUAAGUAACAGCAAAAAAUUGGGAAAUGUUUAUUACAGUUAAUGUUAAUAUUUACUUUAACAUGGCUCACUUACAGAAGGGUAUUAUCGGGCCAUUGUGCUCGCCAUUUUUCCCCCACAAACAGCACCGUAUAACAAAGUGAUGUCACAUCCACUGACACAAGCUGCACUUUGGUGUCGUUUCAGCCAGUCGAGCACCUCCCAGUUUCUGUAACUUCACGUGUUUUGUCGUUGCCACAAAAAUGCCAUACAGCAGGUAUGAAUGCAUAUGGCUGUGUGAUGAUGUCAUUGUCGGCGCACGAAGCAACCAAUGCGGCGGGUAAAACUGUGGUGUCACGGCCGCAUGCUGAGGGACUCAGUUCAAUGAGCACAAUGCACAGCUGUAAACUCCUGCAGGGAGCCGCUCUCGUUCAGUGCACAGCAGUGUUUUUGCUGCCGUUUCUUUUGUGAUUAAUGAUUUCACACAUUUAAUUUACAGAUUGUUUAUUCCAUAAAGAAAAGUGGAGUGGAAAAUCACAGAAUCCUGGCAAUAUCUUCAUUGUUUGCAGGCAAAGUCAUUCAAAACCCAAAAUAAUGCAAUUUACGGUGGUAGAAAACACAGAAAAAGAGCUAAUCAUCACUUAAAUACACAUAUCUAUUAAGCAUUUUUGCACAAAUGAUUAAUUGGUUAUAAAAAUUGUUGAUGGAUUUUCCAUUGAUUAAUACUCAUCGGGAUACUGCUGAUUGUUCACAAUAUUACAGAAACUUGGUCACAAUACAGCACACAAAACUCUUUUUCUCGUCUGUGCUAUAAAAUCAGUUUGUUUUGGUGAUUUUAAUUCCACAUGUGCAUCAUGUACAUCUUGUCAUAAUUCCUUUGCAAUGGAAAAGCACAUGCACAAUGGAGACUGACUGUAAAUGAAUUAGCAGUGUUGGUGUGUAAAAAGUCUGAAGUGAUCAGUUCAGCUUUAAAUAUCCAUUGCCAGGGACUUCUUUUCACCUGUUGAAUGAUUAUAAUUUAUUGUUUUAAUGAAUAUCCCUCUGUCACCAUACUGAGUUACGUUUUGUUUGUUUUUUAUUGGCGACUAGCCGACUCAUUUACAGAUAAAGCAGGACAAUCUUGCAGCGAGCUGUUGUGUGAAUGAUGAUGUAAUGUUUGCAGAAAUUGCACUAAAUGUUGAGUAGACUGACGUGUUCAAAAUUUGAAUACAGAGAAUUAUACCUGUU